UCCGACUUACUGAGAGAUACCACUAUAUUUCAAAUACAGUAAAUAUAGAUGGUGUGACUUUGCAUUGCUAAAUAUAAUUUAAUUCUAGAGUUCUCUUUGCGGCCAAACUUUUGCAUAGAACUUGAAACUAGUGAAAAACUAAGUUAUUCUGGCACUGGGUAUUUGGUACAAUUGUUUAUGCUAUGGUCCUUGUUUUGCACGUGAAGACCUAAUUAAAUUAAUAAAGGUAUCCACUUGCUAACAACUCAAACUUUUGAAAUUGAUGGGGACACAAUUCAAUGUUGAUAUAAGAGCUGGCACAGGUCUUAGAUUCCACUCAAAUUUAUUGUGGCAGCUGCCCUAAGAAAAAUGUGUAAUUCAUUUUCUGCAAGGGAGAAAAUUAAAUCUAAUUGGGUGCCAUUUGUAAGGAAUCAAAUUCACAAGUUUUUCACUUGUAUAAUGGAAGCUUUUCCAGAUAAAUAAAAUAAAAUGAGUCAGUCAACUAUACCUCAUUUUUAAAUCAACUAGACCUCAUUUUAAAAUCAACUAGCUACAAAAAGUUGCUCCAUCUGUCCCAUUUUAUGUGAAGGUGUCCGACUAGGUACAAAGUUUUGAGAAAUUAAAGAAGACUUUUCACUUGUAAACCAAAUAUAUGCAAAGUACCAGAAUUGUCCUUUUAAAUGUGGUGGUGAAAGUACCACGUCUUUUUAGUUUCUAUCUCCUCAUAAAAGAAUGAAUCUUUAUAUCAAGUGAGUCCUAGUCAUUAAGGGUAAUAUCAGGAUGCAAAUAUUAAAUAGUUUCCACAAGGAGAAAUAUGUCAUUCUUUUUGGAACAAACAAAAGGAAAGUGUGUCAAUAAGACGGGACAGAGGGAGUACUGUUUUAUUUUUUAAAAAAAGAAAAAGAACUACACAAGAAAAUUGUAUUUGUUCCCCCCUUGGUAGUCCAAUUUGAUACAAAUAUAGCUUAUGUUAAAUGGAGCUCCUUGUUGCUGACAUAGAGAACUUUGCAGCAUGCAGCUAGAUAUCUGGCUAACCAGGAAUGGGUAAAAAAUGAUUCUCUGAAGAUCGUGGAAAAUACUGCUAUACCAAUUAUAAUGCUUGUGGUAGAAGUUCCACAUGAUCUCAUUUUGUCGUCUCUAUCAAAUUUACAAACACCAAAAGCAGAACCAACUCAGUUGACUGUAGAAGAAGGCAAUGCAGUAUUUCAGGCUGAUUCAACUUGUUCAGAGUCCUCAUCUUCACCACAGUGGUCCAAGAUGAAUGAAUGUAGAAAGGAUGUAAAAGCAGUUCGACUUGAUAUUAGUUUCAAAUCGCCUUCGCAUACAGGAUUACAGACCACUGAGCUGGUAAAAGAGCUCACUGAACAGUUUCCUGCUUCCACACCUCUUGCUUUGGUGCUAAAACAGUUCCUAGCAGAUCGCAGUCUUGACCAGUCAUAUUCAGGCGGUUUAAGCUCAUAUUGUCUAGUACUAUUGAUCACACGAUUUUUGCAGCACGAACAUCAUCACGGUCGACUAAUUGACCAAAACUUGGGGAGCCUCCUGAUGGAUUUUUUCUACUUCUUUGGGAAUGUGUUUGAUCCUCGUCAAAUGCGUGUUUCAAUACAGGGAAGCGGCUUAUACAUAAAUAGAGAACGAGGGUGCAGCAUUGAUCCAAUUUGCAUUGAUGAUCCUCUGUACCCAACCAAUAAUGUGGGGCGGAAUUGCUUUCGCAUACACCAAUGCAUCAAGGCAUUUGCAGAUGCUUAUUCUACUUUGGAAAAUGAGAUACCUUCUCUUCCUAGCAACGAUGAAUCAAAUUCAGUACCUCAAGUUAAGCUGCUCCCAAGAAUUAUCCCAAGCAUUGGGCUUUCUGUGGGAUCUUAAUAUCAGAAGUUUUGAAUCUUGAAGCUUAUUGUUAUCACUAUCAAAGACUCAAAGGUCAAUCUCAACGUGCAACUGCCUCUACCGAGUUGGACUUAAUUCUACAGCCGCUGAUUCUGGCGUGAUUGAGUUGGGGUUCUGCCUUUAGAAACUGGAACUUACUUCCACUGGAUGUCAGAACAAAGGAAUAUCUUAAGAGCUCCUCGAUUCAAUAGAAUCAAAUCUUCUCUGAACUCGACCAUCAGUGUAGCAUGACCGCAUUGGCAUGUUGGAGACAAUUUACCAUUACCUGGUUCAUCUUGAAAGUAAUUCCAAGGUAUCUUCACUUCACUUGCUAGAGUGUAAAGGGCCCCAAACCUUUUGUCAUUUGUAGCAGGCCAUUACAGCCUCAACAUAAACAUCCUAGAACUCUACAGUGAACUCAUGGAGAAGAUGGUGGAAGGAAGGGUACACUCAGAGGAUCCGAUGUAAGAAAUACAAGAAGAGAAAAGAAGAGGAGAAUCUGCAGCGGAGACUGGUGAUCCACUUUAUUGGAAAGAAAGAGAUUUGCAUAAACCCAUUAUACAGAUUCUGAGCUUGCAAAGACAACUUGGCCUUCUGAUUUAUGGGUGCAAGAAGGGGAUCCUUCAUUUAUGCAUAUGAUCGGAUUAAAUAUAAAUGAAGGGAAAAAAGGAGAGAAAUUUCUGUAUAUACCCAUUAAUUUUAUUGUCUUUAUCAGUUUGUGAUGAUCAGGGGCGGAGCUAGAGUGCCGAAAGCGGGUUCGACCGAACACUUGAUGACUGAGCUAUAUGUCACAAUAUUCGGGCAUAUCCCUUUGCGUCUCAUACUCCUUAAUUUAUCAAGUAAUAACUCUGGCUUAUGAGCCAGACUAUAGACAUGAAGGAGUACAGAAUAAUUGGUCACAUCCCAGUAGCUUUAGUUCGAACCUUGUAUUUGUCUUAAAAAUUCUAUUGAAUACGUAUAAAUUAUUAAUUUAAAACUCAGUAACUUCAAACGAUUAGAAUUCCGAACUCAUAAGUUUGAAAUCCUGGCUCCGCCUCCGGUGGUAAUGAUAACAAUUAAGCUGAGCUGGUCCUCUUAAAGCUUAAGAGUGGAAUUCUUGGUAUUCUGUUUGGACUAAGAUGAGUCCAACUUGAAGGGAAUAGACUUAAAAGAUUUAUAUACCGAGCUCAACUAGUUUGACAUUGAGGCAAUUGUACUUUUGUUGUGUAUUCUCUUCAGUGACAAAUAAUGUAAUAAUUGCUUGGUGACUAUUAA